AUGAACGGAGAAACCAAGUCAGGCGCAGCGUCGCGCUUCGACCCCAACUUUACGCAACAUGUCAUCGACGCCAUGGGGCCCAAGACCUCCCCGCGCAUGCGCGAGGUCAUGACUAGCCUGACGCGACAUCUGCACGACUUUGCCCGCGAGGUCGAGUUGACGGUGGACGAAUGGAUGGAGGGCGUGCAACUACUCAACUGGGCAGGGCAGAUGAGCAAUGAGAAACGAAACGAGGGCCAGCUGGUGUGCGACGUCGUGGGUCUAGAAUCCCUCGUGGACGAAAUCACGUACAAAAAGGCCUCCGAAGCCACCGACGUGGCCACCCAGAGUGCCAUCCUCGGACCCUUCUUCAGACACGACCAUCCGAUCCGAGAGAAGGGCGCCACGAUCUCGUUCAACACCCCCGACGACGCCACCGUCGUGUACAUGUAUGGUCGGGUGAUGGAUGCAACGACGAAGAAACCGUUGGCCAACGCCACGAUUGACGUCUGGGAAGCUUCCACAAAUGGUUUGUACGAACAACAAGACGAUAACCAAGUGGACUGCAACCUCCGCGGGAAGUUCAUUACCGAUGAGAACGGCGAAUACGCCUUUUAUUGCCUGCGGCCGACGCCGUAUCCUAUUCCCUACGACGGACCUGCUGGCAAGUUGUUGCAGCUGCUGGAUAGACACCCGUAUCGUCCGGCGCAUAUUCAUCUGAUUGUUCUCAUCGAGGGCUACAAGCCUAUCACGACGCAAAUCUUCGACAAGGACAGUAAAUACCUCGACGACGACUCCGUGUUUGCCGUCAAGGACUCUUUGGUGGUGGAAUUCGUGCCCCGAAAAGGUGACCCUCAGGCAAACUUUGAGUUGAACUAUGACAUUAUGAUGGCGCCCAUCAGUUCCAAGGGCGAAUCGGGCCCGGAGAAUGGACUGUCGACCGUCGGACAACCACAGUAUUGA